GAUUUAGUGACACAUUUAUUGAAGACAACACAUGAAGUAAUCAAGUUCCCCAAUUUAUAUCAGUUGCUGCUUGGAUCUCUGCCUUGCCUGACUCACAUUUGCAGUGACAAUGUUGAGCGCAUUGAGUUCCCUCAGUUACGGAAAAUGUACUUCUAUAGGUUACGUGAGUUCCAAAGGUUCUUUCCUACAGCCAUCAAUGACUCAGAUCCUCUUUUUGAUGAAAAGGUUUCUUGUCCCAACCUAGAAUACCUAGAUAUUAGUGGGCCUAACAGCAUAAGUGCUCUAUGCUCUCACCAACUUCCAACUGACUACUUCACCAAACUUCAAAGACUGAUAGUAUGGAAUUGUGGAAAAUUGAGAAACUUGAUGUCUCCAUCAGUGGCCAAAGGUCUUCUUAAUCUCCAAGUGUUAUGCAUAACAAAUUGUGAAUCAAUGGAAGAAGUGAUCACAAAAGAGGAACAACAAGGAGAAGGAAUCAUGACCUUAUUUCCCCUCUUGGACGAACUGAAGCUUAGCGGGCUGCCUAAGUUGGAGCAUUUCUUUUUGACAAACCAUGCCCUUGAAUUUCCAUUUUUAAGAAAUGUGGAUAUUGAUGACUGCCCUGAAAUGAAGACGUUUGUUCAACAGGGAAUAUCUGUGAGUACACCGAUUCUCAAAAGUCGUGAUGAGGUGAAAGUAGAUGAUCUCAAUAAAUGGAUACAGCAGGAGUUCAAUAACAAGGUAUGUCUUAUUCCGCUAGCUAUAUAAGUAAUUGCUACAGAUGACGACGAAGCUGAACCUAGUCAUGCCAGAAGUUAGGAAGCUGGUAGGAAAAACUCAAUGAAAUAAUGCAAGUAAAACCUCGAACAUCACCUGAUACCUAUGCUCGUGAUGGAGGUAAUUAACAAGCAGAGGUGGAUCUACAUUAUUGUAACCUAUCGGUUCAUGUCAACCUACUAGCUAUUGGCUAUAGAUCUAGUAUAUGUAUUAGUAAUAUCUAAAAAAUAGUUGAUUGUGAUAUAAACUUGAGGUCACUGCAGAAUUCUGUAAACUAUAAAUUUGGAUCCGCCUGUGA